UUCAAAAUUUGCAAUUGUAUAACUGAAAUGACAGACCUGCUGCACGACAUUAUUUCCAUGUAUUAUCAUUCUAGAUGUAAUAUAAUAUAUAUUACUUUAUCAUAUAUUUGCAUCAUGGCCACUCCGCCUCGUAAAGUAUUACCUCCACAGCCCAUGCAAAACAUCAACAAUCCAACACAUCAAACAUAUGGACCUUUCUUUCUGGAAUAUUCGUUAAUGGCAGAAUAUAAUCUGCUAAGAAAACAAAAUCUGCCAGGAAUAUACGUUAUACCAUCUGCUAGAUCUCCUCUAGUUUGGUUUGGAGUAAUUUUCAUACGGCAUGGUUUAUACCAGGAUGGAAUAUUCAAAUUCUGUGUACUGAUACCAGCUAACUAUCCAGAUGGUGACUGCCCGCGCAUCGUCUUCGACAAUCCACCGUUUCAUCCUCUCAUUGAUCCAAAAUCCUUUGAACUUGAUGUGAAACGUGCUUUUCCAAAAUGGAAGCGAAAUGUCAACCACAUUUGGAAUGUUCUUCUUUUCCUUCGUCGAAUAUUUUUCAAAAUUGAUACACAACUUCCUUUAAAUACUAAAGCAGCAGCAUUAUAUGAAAGUGAACUUACUGCUUAUAAAGCCAGGGUAGUUGAAAGUAUUGAUGCCAGUAAAUUACAUUUAUAUGAUCCACCCAAAACAGACGAUCCAUAUGAAUUAAGGUUUAUACAUCACGAAGAAAAAUUACAUGCAAGUCGGAAAAUAUCGAUGUUAAAAACCAUCAAUGAACCCAAGGUUUAGAAAGAAUUUCAAAAUUAAGCUGAAUCCAAUGAAAAUCAACGUCGUGGAUAUUCAUGGGUUGCUCAGGGAAGUCCCGUUCCAUUCAGUAAGAUUCAAAAGACUCAGGAGGCCGCAUCGUAGCAAUUUAUUAUUGCUUAAUUAUUAUCAUUUUAUGUGAUACGGUACCUCUUCUUUAUUGUAUUGUACAAUCAUUCACCCAAAUACUCUGUUCAGAGACUUAAAAGCUAGCUAUGUUCAUCAUUAUUAGCUGAUGUGAUAAUAGAAUCCGCGACAUGCAAUACUGAAACCUGCUAUAGUACUGAAGUAGCGUACUAUCUAUAUUUAAUGAUUCAAACUAGGUUUAGCUCAUUGGCCUUUGGGUGUAUUAUAAACUGUUCCAUUCAACUCAUGCUGGUACUGAUAUUGACAGCAUCCAAGUCUUUAAUUUGCAAGUGUGGGAUUUCAUGCUUUGAGUCAGCAAAUUGUCGUUGAAUUUAUAAUGAUUGGCCUUCAGUGUUUUGUUCCUUUUCCUUGUUCCAUUAACCAAAUCCACCAUAUUUACUAAGAAAACAUGACCUAUCAUUUUCAUUACGUUUUUCUUAUUCACCGUUUCUUUGAUUGGCUUAAUUUUAAAUUUUGGUGUAUUAAUCAUUUUUGUAUUCUUUUCAAAUGUGUUAGCAUAGUUUUCAAUAUUCAGGGUAGAAUUUGAUUUGUCUAAAUAAGGGGAUUGAAUAGAACUAAAACCUUAUUACUACAAUUCUUAGCAUGGGUAUUGGUGAAGUACAAUUGUCAACAUUUUAUUGUUUUUUUAAGUUUCACCACUCGUGGGGUCGAAAAAUCACAUUAUGGUCGAAUAUAGUGCAGUACCAUACAGUACAAGAUAAACCCGCUAUGUUGGACUCUUGUAUAUGUAUAUUACCCAGCAACACCGUUUUUAUUUGCAAUUCAGAACAAUUUCAGCCAUGAGUUUUCAAUAAUUUGCAUUUUUUACGGACGUGUGCCUUCAAUUUAUGAUAACUAGUAGAGGGUCAAUAGAUAAUGUGAUUAGUUGCAUUUCUAAUUCAGUGUCAAUUGUUUUAAUUACUCAAUUAUGUAUGCAAAUCGCUGAUAAUGAUAUAUUCGAGUGGUAUUAUGCCAAUUUCUCUUUCUAUUUUUAAGAAUCUAUAUUUUGGUGAUUCUAAUAAAUACUGUAAAACCGAUGUAAA